AUGGCCUCAUCGGCUCAAGAGUCGGCACCGGCCCGCAAACUCACCAAGGAGGAGCGGGCUGAGCAGCGCAAAAAGAAGAUAGGGCCUCCUAUCCGAUAUCCUUUUUGGUUUGGAGGAAGCGCGAGUAGUAUGGCUGCCUGCGUGACACAUCCCCUGGACUUGAGCGACGCUCCCAAAUCCAUGAGCGGCACAUUCGUCCACAUUGUCAAGACGGACGGCCCCCUCGCCCUCUACAGCGGCAUAUCUGCCUCUCUCCUCCGCCAACUGACCUACUCAACCGUCCGAUUCGGCGUCUACGAAGAGAUCAAGUCGAGAUACACCAAGUCCGGCCGCGAGCCCACAUUCCCCGUUCUUACCGCCAUAGCCAUGACGUCCGGUUUCCUAGGCGGCAUCGCCGGCAACUUCGCUGACGUGCUCAACGUGCGCAUGCAGCACGAUGCUGCGCUUCCCGUGAAUGAGCGGAGGAACUACAAGCAUGCCAUUGACGGCAUGGCUCGCAUGGCCAGGGAAGAGGGCGCACUUAGUUGGUUUAGGGGCUGGCUUCCCAACAGCAGCCGCGCGGCGGUCAUGACGGCCGGUCAAUUAGCCACGUACGAUACCUUCAAGAGGCUGCUUAUUGACUACACUCCGCUAGGGGACACCCUAACAACGCACUUCUCCGCAUCCUUCUUGGCUGGGUUGGCGGCUGCGACAGCCACGAGCCCAAUUGAUGUCAUCAAGACAAGAGUCAUGUCGUCGACGCAGAAGCAGGGCAUUCUUCGAAUAGUGGGAGAUAUCUACAAGACCGACGGUCUGAGAUGGAUGUUCAAAGGCUGGGUUCCCAGCUUCCUGCGACUAGGACCGUAUGUUGUCCCCUGCUCUCGCGCCCGCGACAUCGGCAAGAUUAGCUAA